GGGUGUGCGCGUGUCGCCGCGCCAGGCUGCGUGCGCGGAAGCCAGCGACGCGGUUGGCCGACGCCGCCCUCGGGCUGCCCCCGCCCGGCCCGACACUGUCACCCGCUCCGAGGCCGCGGCGCCGCCUCCUGCCGCCGGGAGCGCGGCCUGCCCGGGAGGCGCUCGCUGCAGCCGCCCCGCGGCCCCGCUGCGCACACCGCCGCCCACCCGCGGCCGCCGCGCGCCCCGCCCGCUCCCAUCCUCGCUCAGAAUGACUGACUGCGAAGCUCUGGCGGAGCAGCCGCGGUGGCGCAGGCGGGAGCGGCAGGAGGAGUGCUGAAGACAGCGGCCGAGCCGGAGUGGACGCCGCGUCGGGACCAGCCCGCAGCUCCAAGGUAGCGACGCGGUGCAGAGGACUCGCGUGGGGCCUGGACUGAGCGCGACCAGGCUGCUAAAUUGGCUACCACAGUGAAACCCUUGGGGUCCCAAUGGGGGACUCAGGAUCAAGACGAUGUACCCUGGUCUCCCGGUUGCCAAUAUUCAGGAAAAGUAUUAACAGAAGACAUGAUUCUCUGCCUUCUUCACCUUCCUCCAGCAACACCGCUGGUGUGCAUAGCUCCUCCCCUUCCAGCACUAACUCGAGCUCAGGGAGCACGGGAAAACGCAGGAGCAUCUUCCGUGCUCCCUCUAUCAGCUUCCACCAUAAGAAGGGCAGUGAACCUAAGCCAGAACCCACUGAGCAGAACCUUAGUAUUUCCAAUGGUGCUCAACCCAGUCACAGCAAUAUGCAGAAACUAAGUUUGGAGGAACACGUCAAAACCAGGGGAAGACACUCUGUGGGUUUCAGCAGUUCACGAAGUAAGAAGAUAACAAGGUCUUUGACGGAAGAUUUUGAAAGGGAAAAGGAGCCUUCAACUAAUAAGAAUGUCUUUAUAAACUGUCUAAGUUCUGGCAGAAGUGAAGGGGACGAUUCUGGAUUCACAGAAGAACAAAGUCGCCGUUCUAUUAAACAGUCCACCAAGAAGCUGCUCCCCAAGUCCUUCUCAUCUCACUAUAAGUUUUGUAAGUCGGUUCCUCAGAGCCAAUCCACUUCAUUGAUACAGCAGCCUGAGUUCUCGCUGGCAAUUGCACAAUACCAAGAGCAGGAAGCCGCCUUAGGGAGACCUUCCCCAUCUUGCUCUGUGGAUGUAACAGAGCGCGCAGGAAGUUCCUUACAGUCGCCUCUGCUUUCUGCUGACCUGACCACAGCUCAGACCCCUUCAGAAUUUUUGGCCUUGACUGAAGAUUCUUUGUCUGAGGCAGAUGCCUUUCCUAAAAGUGGAAGCACGGCAUCACACUGUGACAAUUUUGGCCACAAUGAUGCUACCUCUCAGCCCACUUCCAGUCUUACUGCUGUCUCAAAGACAAAGAUGGAAUUUGUGGGGACUGCGCCCUGUGUGAUGUCUCCAGGGAGGUACAGGCUAGAAGGUCGGUGCAGCACUGAACUGCAUUCUUCACCAGAGACCCCUGCUGGUAACCGGAGGGAAGUGUCACUACAAAGCACUGAGCUCUCUGUUGGGAAUGGGAGUGAUCCAGAGACCCAUUUACCGGCCCAUCAUCAAAGAGGAGAGAGCCCCUUGGCACACGCUGGUGAACCAGCGCUGAGGACAGGCUCGCCCAGGACACUGGGCUCCUAUGACCAGCACAAGGCAUUGGCUGAACGCUUUAAAGGGGUCCACCCUGUCUCGGAUUCAAGGGUAAUCCCUUCCUCUGGGGAUCAUGUUUUUAACAAAACGUCUUAUGGAUAUGAAGCGAGUGCUGCCAAAGUUCUUGCCAGUAGCCUCAGUCCAUACCGAGAAGGAAGAUAUAUAGAGCGGCGGCUGCGGUCCUCCUCUGAAGGGACAGCGGGGAGCAGCAGAAUGGUCUUAAAGCCGAAGGAUGGGCAUGUGGAAGCCAGCAGCUUGAGAAAGCACAGAACGGGGUCCUCCUCUUCCAAAAUGAACAGUCUGGACGUUUUAAAUCAUCUGGGAUCCUGUGAACUGGAUGAAGAUGACUUAAUGCUUGAUUUAGAAUUUUUAGAGGAACAGAAUCUUCAACCCCCAGUUUGCCGGGAAGAUUCCUGCCACUCUGUAAUGUCCUGUACAGCCGUUCUUCUCAGCCCAGUGGAUCCAGGAAAAGAAGUGAAUAUGCUAGAAGAACCAAAAUGUCCUGAGCCUUCCAAACAGAACCUUUCCCUGAGAAUAACAAAAGACACUGAUCAAGAGGCCCGGUGUUCCCAUGUCAGCUGCAUGCCCAACAGUCCCUCUGCAGAUUGGCCCCAGCAGGGUGUGGAGGAAAAUGGAGGCAUAGAUUCUCUGCCAUUCAGACUGAUGCUCCAGGAGUGCACGGCAGUGAAGACGCUGCUUCUGAAGAUGAAGAGAGUGCUGCAAGAGAGUGAUGUGAGCCCUUCCAGCAGUACCACCUCACUUCCCAUCAGCCCUCUGACUGAAGAGCCACUGCCUUUCAAGGAUAUAACAAGAGAUGAAUGCUCGAUGCUGAGGCUACAACUGAAGGACAGGGAUGAGCUCAUUUCUCAGCUUCAGGCAGAGCUGGAAAAGGUGCAGCAUUUACAGAAGGCGUUUGCUUCAAGAGUAGAUAAAUCCACGCAGACUGAACUUCUAGGAUGCGAUGCCCUGUGGAAUCCUACAUGCACUGGAGGCUUAUUUAAACCAGUAUAUAUUUCAAGCUAGAUUUAAUAAUCAUUUGACCAUGAAUAAUUCAUCACUGAUCUUUGGCCUGUUAAAUAUUGAGUGAAAUCAAUUUUUCUAUGAAUCCUGUUAACUAUCUUGCAGAAUGUGUAAGACAAAUUGUUUUAUCCUAAGCACUGUAUACCUUUGCAUUUCUAAACAAUUGCCACAGGAUAUUAAUGAAGAUUCAAUGGACAUGUUUGCUUUUGCUUGUUGUAUUUUUAUAAGGAAACAUAUACUUUUAUUUAAAGAUAAUCUUUAUAUGCAAAUUCCUAAGAUGUAAUAUUCCACUUGGCAGUAAACAUUGUUUGAUCAUCCUCCUUAUCUAUAUCAUUUGGUUUUCUUUUUUGUUGAUAAGCUUUGUGCUAUUUAUGUUACAUUCAAUGUACAUCAGAUAGAUUGGGAAUGAAGCCUUUGUUACCUCAUCAGUGGAAUAGUUCCCAAGGAUGAACUGGACUAUUUGUAACCUCUCCCUGUCACAUUAACACCAGGAGGUGACACUGGGUAUGUUCUAAUGGAACAAGUGAGCGCAGCCUUUAUCUAACCACAGAAUGUAAAUCAGAAACAGAAAGAAAUUAUGUUUUUAAAAAGCAGAUAAACAAACUUAGCUAUUGGUCUCAUGGUGAAGGAAGCUUGUUGAAUGUAUGUGGUAUAAGAAGAGGCCUUACCCUUAACUAAAACUCUGUGGGUCCCUUUCUUUCCCUAUAAUAGCCCCACCGUAUCAAACUGCACAGUGCCCAGAAGACACUCAUGAAAGGCACAGUUUAUUGCAAGGAUCAUUCAGUGUUAUGGGCAGGAAGUUGUUCAGUAGGUGGGCCACUGGGCUCUGGAGAGAAGAGCAGGUCUUAAUGAGCCGCUACCCUUUAUAGAAACACAAUGAAAUAAUUAUAAUUAUCAACAGUAAUGUAUAUAAAUAUGCCAUUAAAUUAUUUGGAUCUUUAUGUUACAUAUGUAUGAAUGACCAAAUGCUGGGUGCAAACUAUGGUGUUAAAUAAAACUAUAAAUAUAUUUAUUUACACAUGAUCAUUGUAUGUGCUCUUAUUGACUUUAUCCCUUUACGCUUUCUUCUAAGGUUUUCUAGAAUUUAUUCUCUGUUUUUAGAUGGUUUAUGUGUGAAAUCUUUACAUAUAGACAAGGCAAUAUGUCAUCCUCUUCCAAAGCAUUCCCAUCAUAUACUUUUUCCAUCGACUUUACUGGUAAGAAUAUUUUCAAGAGGAAUUCAAUUAAAGACACCCUGAAGUGAUAAUGAAGACAAAAUCCAGGGUUAUUUAGUAGAGUCAGCUGAUCAAAAGCACUUUUGAUUUCCUCAAAAGCCAUGAGGUAUCAGCUGUCAAUGCAGAGGAAACAAACCAACUUCCUCAAAGGUACAGCUUCAGAUUGCCCUGUAUUUAUUUAUUUUAUUAAUUAAUUUUCUUAUUUAUUCAUAUCACAAAUGUUGCCUCACACAGCCCCCUCUCAGAAGCUUUCCCCCAUCCCUCUUCUCCUUCUCCUCUGAGAGGGUGCUUCCCCAGCAAGCCGCCUCCUUGGGGUAUCACGUCUCUACAGGAUUAGGAGCAUCCUCUCCCACUGAAGCUAGACAAAGCAGUUCUCUUCUGCAUAUGUACCAGGAACCUCCGAACAGCCUGUAUAAACUCAUAUGUGAGCCGGGAGUGGUGGUGCACGCCUUUAAUCCCAGCACUCGGGAGGCAGAGGCAGGCAGAUUUCUGAGUUCGAGGCCAGCCUGGUCUACAAAGUGGGUUCCAGGACAUCCAGAGCUAUACAGAGAAACCCUGUCUCAAAAAAACAAAAAACCAACAAACAAAAAACACUAAACUCAUAUGUGGCUUAGUUCUGGGAGCUGACUGGGCUCCAAGUUAGCUGACACUGUUGAUCUUCCUAUGGGGUUGCCAUCCCCUUCAGUUCCUUUAAUCCUUCACCUGACUCUUCCUUAGGAGUCUAUGACCUCAAUUCAGUACUUGGCUGUAUCUGCCUCUCUGACUCCUUCAGCUGCUUGUUGAGCCUCUCAGAGGACAGCAAUGCUAGGUUCCUGUCUACAAGCACAAUAUAAUAACAUCAGUAAUAGAAUCAGGGUUUAGUGCCCACCUACAGGAUGGAUCCCAAGUUGAGCUGAGCCAGUCACUGGGUGGCCAUUCAUUGAUUCUAUUCUCCCACCCCCCCCCCCAUUUCUUAUAAACAAGAACAAUUUUGGGUUGAAAAUUUUGAAGGUGGAUUGGUGUCUCCAUCCCUCCACUAGAGGGUCUGUUUAGCUACUAAAGGUUGCAUCUUCAGGUUCCAUCUCCCCACUGUUAGGCAUUUUGGCUAAGGUAACCCACAUUGAGUCUCUGGGAAGCCUUCCCCAUUCCAAGUUUCUAGGACUUACUAGAAGUUCCUCCCACCACUGGCAGCUGCAUAAUUCCAUUCUUGUAGGCUUCUCCCUCUGGGCUUCACUUUGGUUUCCCCCACAAACUUGGAUUGUUCUACCUCUUCCCCCUUCCCCCUCUCCCCUUGCACCCAGGUCUGUCUCUCUCUCUCUGCCUCCCAAGACUACUUUGUUCCUGCUUCUAAGUGUGAUUGAAACAUCUUCACUUUAGCUUUGUUCUUGUUUUACUUCUUAGAGUCUAUUGGUGUAUUGCCCUUUAAUAACAGCAAACUGUUUACAUUAUGAUCUUGAUACCUCUCCUGACUCUCUCCACUACCCCUCUCUCCCUUCAUCUUUUCCCCAUUACCGAAUACAUGACAGCAUGCUCACAAAUCACUGUCUUCCAUUUCAAAAAUAAAAGCAGUAAAAAAAAGUAUUUUCAGAAUGUUACACUGUUUACUGUAGAGGGUGAUUCUUUUUAUAUAUCACUUUCCAUUUAUAUUAUUGUUUCCCAAGUCUUACACAAUAGCAUAAACCAUGCAUAAAAUACUAAUAGGAGUGUUACAAUCAUUUCUAUAAAAUAUAUGAGCAGUAUUAAAAUAAUUAUCUGCAUUUCAUGAAGCACACACACUAAUGAUUAUUUUCAAGGCAUAGGGUUUGGGAGAGUGAUGCAGUUUGUGUAUCCCCAGUAUUUAUUGAUUAAUAUAAAUAGUAUGCAUGAAAAUUUACUUACAUAUUAAAUACAAUAUGUAUCCUUAUUUAUCCUAGAAACAUAGGAAAAUAUGAAUUAACAUAUUUACAUUGUUAAACUAAUUACAAUUAGCAUUACAGUGUGUUUUGUACUUAUUUUUUCUUAUAGGUUACUAUAAAUAGGGUUCUAACCUGUUUUAAUUUUCCAUAUAUAAACCUUUUCAGAGAGUUACUGUGACAUGUUCUGCUCAUACAGUAAUUGUCAUCACACUGAGGUAUGCUGGCACAUUCUGAAGCAGAAUAGUCAGUCCCCUCUGGGUACUAAGAGACUGUUGUGUGCAAACAUCAAAACAUUAUAUGGCAUGCCUUCACUGUGUCCAGUGAAGAGAAAAUUUAAAAUAAGAAAGUUCUAUAUCAGACAGUGACAACCUAAAUUUGUUUAAAAACAAUUUUAUACAUAUUUACAUGUAUGUAACACCUUUAAAAUAUAUUGGUAAAUGUUAGAUAUUAAGAUAUUAUAGGCAAGCUUUCUGUUUCAGAUAUAAAUCCCUGAUUUUCAUUAAAGAAAAAAAGGAGGUAGAGUGAAGACUUGAAGCUUGGAGAUGAGCUUUGCUGGCCAAACUUUUUCUUUGUUAAGUUCAGCUAUUGGGGUCCCAGAGAAUGCCUGCUGGCAAUGGAGAAUGGAACAAAGGAUUAAGUGGGAAAAAUGUUGGAGAAGAAGAUAUCCAUGAUCUGCAGGAGUCUGGAGGAUAAGAUAUUUGUGAUUCGCUGGCAGUGAAAGAGGUGAGGCUAUGGCAGGUGGUUGGUUACAGAGCUGGGAAUGAGACUGGGGAUUGCAUUUGAAGAUGAGGAAUAAGAAGGGUGAAUCUUGUUGAUGGCUGUCGUGGCACAUACAUGAUAUCCCAAGCAUUCAGGAGGCUGAGGCAGGAGAAUGACCAAUUAGAAGCCAGACUGGGUAUAUGGCAAGAUGUUAUAUUAAUCAUUCAAACAAACAAACAAAACCACAAUAUUCAGUCAGUUACAAAUUAUCCUCAAAUAUAGGUCAUAUAGAGAAAUAUGGGUUCUUGAUAAUGUGUCUUUAUACAUUUUCACAAGAUCUAUGGCCUACUAAUAUCUAGUGGUGGUCAGUGACUUUAGUUUUGAUGUGUUAAUAAUACAAUAAAUUCUAAAUUUUAGUUAAAAAUGAAAAAGAAGGAAAGAUCUAUAGUUAGUCUACUUUUUUUCUGGGUUGUGGGGCUUGGACUAUUUCCAAGAAAUGCCUGCUGCUGUUUGAGACUGAUAUAAGAGGAUGCAUAAGGAAGAAGGUUGGAGGAGAAGGUCUGAUGUAGGCAGAGGAAGAGGAAGUCUCCUCAGUAGUUGGUCUGCUCUAGACCUGGAGAUAAGACUGGAGAAUUGGACUUGGAAAAGACAAAGAAGAGAUGAAGCUCCACAGUUAGGCAACCUGCUUCCCUGACUGCAGUCCUGUUGUAACUAUUUUAAGACAGAUGAUCACACUUGACAAUAUUUAUCUCAGAAUCAUUAUUGUACCUGUCAGAGUAAUUUAUUGUGACAUUGUUGUUCCAGCAGCACAUUUACUCAUUUACCUUUCCACAACUUUAUCAUGAAACACAUUUUUCUUCCAAAAAUAUCUCUAGGGAUUUUAAGUGACAAAUAAAUGUCUUAAAUGUGUGAAAAGAAAUGACUUUCUUAUUCCUAAAUACCAUGCUUUGUUUGCUACAGAAAUAGAUCAUUUGCACCAACUAAGACAUGUAGGUUUAAUGCAUUCGUUCUCCUGACUAGUGUGCUUUAAAAUCUUCGCAUGUAAUCACCUAUUACAUUUCAAUCUUCAUGAUAUAAACAUAAACUCUCCUAUCCCUCAUUACACAAUGUACAUCUUUACUUAAUGAGAAUUUGAAUUUUAUUUCUUAAGCCUAGCAUGCUGCAUUAUUCUUCAUGAACCUCAACGUUGAAGGUGAAAGGAAAUGGUCAAAUUAUUCAAAGUUUAGUAACUCCCACUCUCUUAACUGAGUCAACUGUUUAAUUUCAAAUUAAAGAAGUAAACAUUAGCAUAUUAAGAUUGUGAUGAGCACAACUCUAAAGUUAUUGCUUUCCUCUCAUUCAGUCCCUCUGUGUAUGUACAUAUACAUUCCUCAUAAAUAUGCAUACAAAAUUAGAUGCUAAUUUCUAACUAAACAUAUGCAGAGAAUAAAAUGUAUAGUGUCAAGUUGGACAAAAACUUUAUUCAGAAUUUGAAAAAUGCCAUUUUUAUUUGUUCUAAAUAUUUUAUUAUAUAUGUAUACCACAUGAUCUAGAGAAAAUACUGGUAAUUUCAGAAAGAUAAUUAGUCUAUGGGUUAUUUUUGCAAUUUGACAUCCUCUCAAUUGAAUUAUUAAAAAUUUACACAUUUUACUGUUAUUCUCUGGCAUUUCACAGUGGUUAACCCUACAUUACAAAAUAUGUAAUGAGCAUUUCUGACAUUCCUGAGCUUUUUACACAUUGUAAAAAAAGUAAUUUGGUGGCGCACGCCUUUAAUCCCAGCACUCGGGAGGCAGAGGCAGGCGGAUUUCUGAGUUCCAGGCCAGCCUGGUCUACAGCGUGAGUUCCAGGACAGCCAGGGCUAUACAGAGAAACCCUAUCUCAACCCACCCCCCACCCCCCAAAAAAAGUAACUUGCUGAAAUAUUCAGGAGAUUAGGUUCAAUGUGAUGUCUUUAAGAACAUUCACAAAAUGCCAGGCAUGGUGGCACACACCUUUAAUUUAUUGAUUUCAGGAAUUAUGCCAUAUCUUGGUUCAGAGAAUGAGAAAUGUUAUUGAUAUAUUAAGAACACCAUUAGUAUCAGUCACACAAGUGCUCUUUCUGUACUUUUGUGACUAUGCUUUUUGAUUUGUUUAAAGGAAAAACAAUGUAUUCUUCAUGGUUAGUUACAUCAAAUGUUUAAGAAUUAUUUUAAAAAUAGAAAAUUAAGUAUAAAGUGGGAUUAGAUGACAUAAAAUUUCUAAGGAACUAAAUAAUCUAAAAGAAUUUUAUGUUUAGUAUUGGUAAUUAAAAUAUAUCAAAGGCUACAAAAUCAGAAAAGACUUUAUAAAGAUUUGAAAUGAAAGCAUUGAGAGACUGGGGUUCUGGUAAUAUUGGAUAAGAAGCAGUACUGUAUAAGCAUCCAAUGAGUGGCCAGAAGUCUUCUGCACUUGUGUAGUUUGAUUUUAUGUAUUAUAUUUAUGAAAGCAAAUUAAUAAAAUGUAAAAUACAAGCCAGAUUGUUCAUACAAUACUUUCUUCCAAUAAAUACCUAGAUUAUUUGUUAUAUGCCAGAAACUUUUGGAAAUUUGAGGGAGUCAAAAACAGCAACUAUCAUUCUAUUUAUAUCUCAUUAAAUGGCAGGUCCCUUACCUUUACUGAGCAGAUGAGAACAUUGGGCUUAGAAACAAGAAACAAUCUCCUGACCCCACAGUCCACAUGCUUGCUCCUGAGCUGCUUGUAUAUCAGGGAGAUGGCCCUUAUCACUACAUUAUUCCCCUCACAGAUACAAUGACAGCUACAAAAGGGGGUUUGGUAUUGUAACUCCAUCUUACAUAUGAGGAUUGUUAUAUUAGAAGAACCAGGGGUAGAAUUAUUAACUCUUUGUUCAGUACUAAUUUCUAAAAUCCCAACUAACACAGUAUGGUAAAGUAAAAAGACACUAGACAGUUUUGAUAAGGUUUUGAUUACAGUAUGAUAUUCUGGUUUGGAUUUCUGGAGAGUAUGAAUGAGUUUGAAUUUCAAUUUCCUUCUUUCUUUCUUUUUCUUUUUCUUUUUCUUUUUCUUUUUCUUUUUUUUUUUUUGUUUGUUUUUUCAAGACAGGGUUUCUCUGGGUAGCCCUAGCUGUCCUGGAACUCACUCAGUAGACCAGGCUGGCCUCGAAGUCAGAAAUCCACCUGCCUCUGCCUCCCAAGUGCUGGGAUUAAAGGCGUGUGCCACCACUGCCUGGCCGAAUUUCAAUUUCUGAUGUUACCUAUCAUAUUCAGUUAUCAUAUUGAGACUGAUCAAAUUUAAAUUUUCAUUUGAAAGAUUAACUCAACAUGAUGGAGACCAAAAUACAUUUUUACUAUUAACUGUCUUCAGUUGUCUUCAGUUGAAGGUUGGAAUAAACAAAACAAAAUCACAUUGUUGAGUUCUAAUGUCACUGAUAAGCAAAUAGAAAAAUACUUUUAAAUAUUGUAUUAUAAUAAACAUAGGCAUAUGAUACAAGAAGGUAAGCUCUAUCUCAUUUAUCUUAGCUCAUAAGCUGUGUGCAGUUGUGUGGGUCAGAAGGCAUGUAUUGACAACUCUUUAGCAAGCUUACCUUUUAAUUAAAAUCAGCAAGGUUUCUGCCAACGAGCCUGUUUAUCUUAGAUAAAGAGAGCCACUUUUAGUAUCCCUGGGUACUCCCGAAAGCAAUAUGUUUGCACAGUAGAGUAUUUAAUACUUGUGCACUAAACAGAUCUGAUGUGUUGCUUUGGUGUGCUGCUGUUCUGCACACAAGAAAACCAUAUGUCACAUUUUUUAUGUUCCACACAUAUGUUCAACAUCACAAAUAAAACCAGUAUGGCACCUCUCAACUACCCUGGUAUACACUUCAUAUUCUCCUACUGGGAUCAUUGCCAGUACUGGCACUUUAAUAAGCACAGCUAAUGAAAAUAUUAAACUAAACUUUUGCUUAGGAUGUGUACAUACAAAGUGUAUAAAUAAAUUUUACAUCUCUAAGAUAUUCUUCGGUUGUUUCAAGAGUGUUGACAUUUGGUAAUUUGUGUCCACAACCUAAUGCCCAAGUAUUGAUGAGCAAACAUCUUUUUUCUCAGUAGUCUUAGCUUUGCUUAUUUUGCACAGAAUAAAAGAAAAUGGAAGCAUGCCCUUAUCAUGACUUUCAGAUUUGUACUCUUAUUCAAGAGAGGAUGACAAAAAUUUACUUCUACAGAAAUCACUUUGUAUCUGAGAGGCUUGCAAAGGAAUUCCUUACAUUAUAGAAGUCUUUUAUCCAGACAAAAAAAUGCAACACUGAAAGAAAUGCUUCUGUUUUGUAAAAAUAAAAUAUGGAUUUUUUUAAAUUAAGAAUUUUUUCAGUUACCUUCCUUUUAUAAAUCUCAUGAAACAUGAAGAGCAUUGGAAAUGUGGAUGAAGUGUUCUCUUUCUAACUAUUCAUAGAUUCUCUUGCUUGAAACAUUCUGUACAUGGUUCAAAAGUAUUGUUAAAAUUCCAACAAUGAUGUAAGAAAUAUUUUUCAUAAACGUAAUUGAAAAUAUGUUAUUAAAAAUCCAUUUUAGGUCUAACUCUGCAAAGAAAAGUAGAAUUUUAUGCUUGGGUACUGAGAAAAAGAGACAUGGGGAAAGACUUCCAGCAAAUAUAGCUGAUAAAUCUUUUUUUCUCGGUACUUUUAAAUUGUUUCAGUCAUAUUUUUUAACAUUGCAUUUAGGAAGUUAGAGUUUUCAGGAUGACAAGUAGGUAUAUUAUAGGGAUUCUAACUUUUAGUGAACUUCACCAGUUAUAGUUGUUUAACUAGAGAGGAGGUUUCUGGAUGUUAAUUUUACUAUCACAUAACUAUGAUCUUUCUUCUCUUUUCAAGUAUUAUUAUUGUGGAAGCCUAAGUUAUUUUACAAGAAAAAAAAAAUCACUGGAAGAAGAGCCUUUCAGAAAGCAGUCUCCAAAGUAAAUUUACUUAUGUUGAAUUGAUAAGGAAGCAAUUAUUGAAAGGUGGUAAAACAAAAGGAAAAAUGUAUCUAAGGGAAGCCAUUUUUAACUCACUCUGGUAUUUUCUCUAGGAAUAAUACUCAAAUGAAGGCAGUUGUAUUCUUCGGGGAAGAGUGGAAAAGUCUGAAGUUAGUUUUGGAAGUCAACCCUGGGGUUUUUCACUGUGACCUAGUGGGAAGAGGCUAGGAAUUCUAUUCAAUACUCAUGUGCACAAAACAACUCCCAGCACUUGAAAUGUUUACAACAUGAAGACAGGGAAAGACGAGAAAACUCUUCUUUAGAUGUUAAUUAUCAAUGUGUGAACUGUUUAUUGGUACAGUGGUGUGAGUUAUUUUCAUGGGAUAAAAAGACUUGCUUCUUCUCUCAUAGCAUGCUUUUCCCAGAAAUACUGCCUUAUUUCUAGAAACGUGUACAUUUCUUGUCUUCUGGCCAAUACCACAUGUUCUCUAAAUCUCCAAUAUGAGCAAGUAGCCCAUUUUCUUCAUGAUUACCAUAGAACAGUCUCAUUUUCAAGCCAUUGUCUUCCUAUGGUGGUAUUUGUCUUAAUUUUCCAAUCAUACCUAACAGGAAAAAAAAGAAAAGAAAAGAAAAGAAAGAAAAACCUGAGAGUGUCAAAUGCAUCAUUUUGCUCAUAGAUUCAGGGAUUUUCCUCCCUCAUAAUUGGACAGUUUUGUUUAUCAUCCCAGGCAAAUGUGGUAGGUGUUGUUUGCAUCAGGCAGACAAAGAGCAUAGAACAGCAACAAGGGGAAGGUAAGCAUUCAAAAGCCUGCCAGUUUGACCUAGCUUCUCCAAUUUGGCCUCAAUUACUCAAAAAUCCCAGUGUUUCAACUGAGGAACGAGCCUUCAAGAGAUCAGACCUUAUAUAGUCUUUAGAUUCAAACCAUGGUGUUCUGCUCUUGGCCCUCCAUGGUUCAUGAGAUUCCCGCCAUGAAAAAUGUAUGUAUUAUAACUUUAAGAUUUUACAAAGUUUAAAAAGUUCCAAUACUGUUUAAAAGUUCAUGUGCAAGAUCUCUAUUGAGCUUGAAGAUAAUCACUUCACAAUAUAUAGUGAAAAAGAAUAGUUAGAUGCUUCCAAUAUACAGUGGCAUAAAGGAAGCAUUCACUUUCCAAGGGACUUAUGGAGGCAUAAAAAAGAUAGAUGGUGACAAAGAAAACCAAAGAUGAAACAUUUUAAUGUUUAAAGUCCUGUUAGUUUAUGGGUAGCAUACAAGACAUAUAGUGCCACUCAUUCUGUGAACUCCUGUAAGGCAUAGUGUGUUUUGCUUGUCUGUCUAUAUGAGGUGUCUAACGACUCUCUCAUGUAACUGAUAGUCCUGUCACCUUCAGUGUCUUUGAGUCCUCAUUUCAACAUGUACUUUAUCUACACUGCUUCCUUCAUAGACCCCCUGGGACAUCUCUUUUGGGAAUCUGACCCUGCUACAUAUUGUGUAGCCUUACAGUCUUUUCUCAAAAACUCUUGGUGGAAAAGGUCCUAAAAAUGCACUUUGGUAUUGUGCAUAUCUUCAAAACUUUCACCAUGUGUAUGAUACAAGGUACUACAACAGCUUAAAACUGGGCCAUUGUCCCACUACUGUGGAGGUCUGUAAGUGCUGGCAGGCUGAAUAUUUGAAAGCACUCUUUCUUCUGAGUGGUCAUGGGCAAGGAAAGAGAAGCGCAGGACACUCUCUCUUUAAGAAACCAUCUUUCAAAUGAAUCUACAUCUGUUCGUUUUCCUGGAACCUUGUGUCUCUACCUUCUGAAAUGUGCUCAGAGUAUUUUCUUUACCUUCCCAUAGCAAAUGGCUUAGAAUCUCUGUGUUGACCUGCAUCUAUUGAAUGUCCACUAAGUCCACAGAUUUAAUAAGCUCAUUUUCUGCUCAAGCUGCAUUUUUUUCUUUAUCACUUUCUGUAUUGCUGUUUUAUUUAUUACUUUCCCAUAGAGAAGUUUCUCACAUGGAAAUAUGCACAUUGACUAACACAUGUGUUAUACUCAUACAAUGUCAAAUCCCUAGCUAUUGUUUGUUGUUAUGGCUACAAAACAGAGUGACUCAGUAUAUAGGUAUUUUAUUUUAUUUUUAUUUUUUAAAUAAAACCUGUGAUUUGGUAAAUCACAUGGAUCAUCUUAAAACAUUCAUAAAAAGUAUUUUCCAGUUCUGAUUUUAGUAAAGCAAUUCACAGGCUGGAGAGCUGGGUCAAUGCUUAAGAAUAAUCGCUGCUUUUGCUUAGGACCUAGUCUCACUUCCCAGAACCAUCACCUUGCCCUAUAAACAUCUGUAACUGCAGCUCCAGGAUACAGCGUGGCAUACACAUGCAAACACACAUGCAGGAAAAUCUCAUAUAUAUAAAUAAAUAGUCCUAAAUAAGCAACUCAAUCUGGCUAUAGUGUCAUGUGUCUUUGAUCCCAGCAUUAAAAAGAGAGGCAGGUGGGUCUCUGUGAGAUAGAAGGUAGCUUGCUCUACAAAGUGAGUUUCUGGUGAGCCAAAGCUACACAGUGUGAUUUUUAUGUUAAAACAACAACAAUAAAAAUAAAAUCAUUACUUCAUUAGUAAACAUAUUCAUUAAUAGGAAAUAUUACAUGAUUAAAUCUUUCUUACCUAGCCCAAUUAAUUUCAGUAAAUAUUCAGUUAUCAUUUACCAUGGCAAGGUGAUAUGCCAACUAGCAACAGAGAAAUACUUCAGUCCAUAUAAUUUUUAUUUACUAUUAUUCAUUCUUUUUGCUUUUAGUGUGUGUGUAUCAGGGUGUUCUAUAUAUGAAUGUGCAUGUGAAUGUGAACAUCCGUGUAUGCACAUGGAGACCAGGGGAGAGUGUUAGAUAUCUACUUCUCAACUGAAAAUGGCUCCCUUAAUGCCUUGAGACAGGCUCUCCCAUUCUAGCUGUAGUAAGGACAGCACACUCAGGCUCAAGCAGUCCUCCCAGUCUCUCUCAACCGAGUUCAGGGAUUACAAGUGCCUGCUUUAACAUUCAGUUCUUUAGGUGGGUGCUGGAGAUUUAAACUCCUCUUGGUUAUGUAACAAGUAUUCAAUCCAAUGAGCUAUUUCACCAUAAAAGGUUAUACCACUAUAAAAACAAUAGAAACAUAAACAAAUAUGAAGAUGAGGAAUUAAACUUCAUUUCAUCUGUAUUCAUAUUAACAUACAGACGCAUUGAUAUAUGAAUACAUAUAUUAAUAUAAGUACACAUUAUUUAUAUUUGAUGUAGUCACAGAUCAAUGUAGUCUUGGUUUUCAUUUUGUGGAUUUGUUCAUAUUUGCAAUUACAUAUAGAUAGUUCCCACUUCAAAAGGAGGCUACAUUCAUACAUUGAAAUUUUAUAGAUAAAAAAUGUGCAUUGUAGUCCUGAAAGGAUCAAAAGUGUGCACAAAGAGGCCCCAAAUGUCCAUCAUUAAUCAGGAAAAUGCCCCACGACUUGUCUGCAGGCCAAUCUGAUGAAAACAUUUUCUCAAUUGAGGCUCCCUACUUAUAAUCUGUCUAUUUUGUGUCAAAACAACACAGAACUAAUAAAUAUCCCUGCAAACAUCAGAAGAGGCUGAAGAAACCCUUACUGCUGUUCACUUAUAAAAUACUUAAUAAAAUUGGUAAGAGUAGUUUAACAUGUUUCCAUGGUUAGUUCAUACCAAGGACUUGCAACGUCCAGGUAAAGUGAGCUGGUUGGAAGCGUGUGCUGGAUGAGAAAGCACACGUGUCUUCUUGGUCUCCGAGGGAACACUCUAAAUCCCAGUCUGGCAAAUCCGUGAUGGAAAUGUGAAGACAUUGCUCUAAUGUGGUGGCUUUGCAUUCGGUUACCACAUGGGGAGAAUAAGCACACUCUUAAUGCAAUUAAUAUCGGCAGUGAAGAAAUGGCCAAUAUGCGUAAAAUUACCAUUUCCUAAGUUGAUCAUGUUUGACGUAAAAUGUUCUUCAGAACAGAUACCACUUAAGCACCCUAAAUCUAAGUGCCACCUGUGAACAUUAAAGAGAUCAACUUACAUCAUGUGCAUUCACACAAUAGGGGGUGGCAGGAAGGGUUGGGGACAGAGGAAAUAAAAGAAUACAAAGAAACCAGUAUUUUAAUUGUGUUUGUUUCUGUCAGGGUAAAGUGAAGUCCUUCCUUCUAAUAUAUGGCUCUCAGAUGUUCUUCUGUGCUCAACACCAUGUGCUCACAAUAAUGUAAUACAAUUUGCAUUUAAAUGAGGCCAGCCUGGUCUACAAAGUGAGUUCCAGGACAGCCAGGGCUAUACAGAGAAACCCUGUCUCAGAAAAAAAAAAUGUAUGAAGAAUAAAUAUAAUUGUGUCUAAAUUUAACUAUUAUGUGUCUUUGAGAAAGGGUGGUUAAACAGGUGUUCCCUCUUCCCAGCAUUGAACUCCUUUUUGCCAUAUGAAUGCUAGAGAGCUGCUGCUUUGAAACUUCCAGGGAAUUCUAGUCUCACUGCAGGGUAAAUCUCAAUACAUUACUUUAUUUAACCCACCUGCCCUCUCAGCAUAUUGAAUUCUUUGAGGUUUGACUUCCUUCUUUUUUAACAGGCUGUGAGACACUCAGGGUACACAAAGGUCAAACCCUGGGGUUUCUACUGUUCUGCCUAGAACCAUGUUUUUGUGGACACCUUUGGUAGUCUCCCCUCUUUGAGCUGUGUGAUCUAAAUACCAUCACAAAUGCUCUUCCAAAACUUUGCCCUUGUCUCAUAGUUUCCCUUUCUAGUUUGACAUCACUUAUGUGAAUCACAUGCGAUUUAUUAAUAUUCUCCAAUUGAAUAUAAACCCGAGCACAGAAAGUAUAGCACACUUUGACUGAUUUAUUUCCUGGUCAUAGGAAAGAAUUUGGUAAAUGUUUUUAUGAAGGAAGGAAAGCCAAUGUCACUUUGUGAGAAGACAACAGUUGUGUUAGUUUUAAUUCCCAUUCAAGAUAAAAACAAACAAACAAAUGAAAAUAGAAAAAAAAAAACUGCUCCCAUGGGAUCAUAAAGGGAAAAACUAGCUGUUUUUCAAAAAGAAAAUUGACUUCAGGACAUUAACAGUAAUUUAAGGUGUCUGUCAAAUAAAACCAAACUACCUUACUAAAUGCUCCCUUUGUAUGUGGUCACUACAUAAAGAGGAUAAGCAGCCACUGCUUUAAGCAAUUAAUACUAGCAGUGAUGGAAUGUCUAAUAUGUAUAAAACUAGCAUGUAAACAUGCUAAACUGCUGAUACCAAUUUUAUUAAGUAUUUGUGGUUGAGCUAUGGUAAGAUUUCUUCAGCUUCUUAUGAUGAUAUGCAUGGAUGCUUAUUAGUUCUGUGAUCUAAGAGGAAGGUACUUACCCUUCACAUAGCACAUGGAUACUGAUGUCUAAAUAGCAGAGAACAUUGCUUCAAUGCAGCCAUUAUGCUAAGUAUCUUUUCACUGUAACAUAUAUGUUGGCCUUGGUGCAGGGAGCUGUUUCUCCUUUCUCGUUGUAAGAUGUGUAUCACCCACAACUCUCUCUGUUGCUAGGAUAAAUGUUUAAAACAUUUUUUAAAAUUUAGAUUGAAACAUAAUUUUUUGAAAAGAAAAUAAUUUAAUGGUACUCCUAUGAACUUUACAAAGUCAUCAUAGGAUAAAAUGAUUUGCCCACAUAAUAUGAAGUCCAAAUGCAGGGAUUUCUUACCCAAUUUUGACCCAAUAAAAAGGCCUUAACUGUGAUGUAAAAUAACGUGCAGGACUUAAUGAAGUCUCCACUUGCUCAUGACAAGCAUUUAGGUUGCAUACAUAACAUCAGCCUAAAAUUUUUCUAAAAAUAAAGCUGAAAACUGUAUGAAAUAUUUUAUCAGUGUCUAACAAUAGGGGUAAGAAGGCUAUGCUAUUGUUUACACAACAUUUCCUGGGAAGUGAGGAUUCAGAACUCUCCCUAAUGUUUUUAAUUAAGGUAAGACUAAAAAGCAUAGUAGUUUACCAGACAGACAAAGUGGGGAACAGGCAUCCCUUGACUCCAAGCACAUGAAGUAAGGAGAGAUACGGUGUUGGGAGAGAAUGACAGAACAAUGAAGAAAAUUAUGGAAACUGUAGGUGUCUUGGUGUCCAUGAAAAAAAAAAAAAGUAUAUGGUUUGUGCUAUAGAACAAAAUUGGUCCUGAUAGAAUCCUGAUUUAUAUUCAGAGGUUGAAGUAGCCUCUAGCUUGAUUUACAAGAUAAUAAAGAAUUAGCCCUCUUGUGUUGGCUCCUUAAAAAUCAUACAUUAAUUUAAAACUAUAUCUUCACUUGUAAUCCUGAGAUAAGCAAGAAAGGAGAGUUAUAUUAUGAUUCAAAGGUUUUAAGUUCUCAUCCAAAAGCAGAAUCCUUUGGUUUUUGAUUUCUCUGCCAUGGCUAUCUAGAUGGCAAUGGGAGACCUGUCAUAGUGCAGACUGCUUACAUCACAGAAAGGGACAAAGACAGAAAGAAAAGAACGUGUGAUUGAAGGAGGAAGAAGAAAAAGUAAGGAAAAAACCUGUCUCAUCCCCUUUAAGGACACAUCUAAUGACCUCCCAUUUGACUCCACCUUCUAAAAUCUCUUCCAUAUCCUGUGGUACCAUCUGGAACUAGGCAUUUAACAUGCAGAUUUUCAGUUGCAUUCAUUUGAACCAAAGCAGAUUUGCAAUAGGGGAUCAAUUCUGUUAGUGUCCUUGACCCUUUUAUAAGCAAUUGUAUAGGAAGAGAGAGGAUAGGAUACACUAUUUGGCAACCUUGCAAACCUUGUUCUAGAUGGGAUGUUUGUUUUCCUCACACUUUAAAUCUCAAUCAUGUCACCUUGAACCUAAUUUUCCAGUAAUAGUAAGGAUAUUCGUGGGGAAGAAAUUUGGAUCUGAUAAAGUCAUGAGGGUAGAGUAGAUGUGUAUGGGAUUCAUGACCUGUAAGUCUCUUGAGAUACUGGCUCUGAACCCACAAGGUAUACACAAGUUAUAAAGUUAUCUUUCUGUCUGUAUGAAUCCAAAAAGUUAUAAAACAAUUCACAGGAAAAGACUGUAUAUGAUGGGGUACUUAAUUGAAAUAUAAGCAAAACAUUAAGGCAGUUUUAGACUCAUCUGAGAAGCAACAUAUCUGUGAACAAUAUAAAACAUUAAGUAUACUUACCCCAGACACAAAGACUUUCCCACUGACCACACUAGUCACGUUGUGUGUUCUCAGUAAGUAACCAGGGGGUAUCUUACCACAGCAACCUCUCCCGUAACAUUUUAUUAGUCUUCUCAUUGAGAUUUUAUUCAUUUAUUUGCUAAAAUAAUUAUAUAUAACAAACUUCUUCUCAGACUAACAGCAGUAAAUAUUAUUUUGUUGCUCAAGGGACUGUGGAUCUGUGAUAGCCACAUGAAGUUGCACUGGGAUUUAAUGGAUUUGAUUCCUGUAUAUGGAAUGGGGUUUAACUUGCUCUAUAUGUCUCCUCCUUAUCCCUGUGAUCUCUAGAUUUAAUUUUAGAAUCUACAUCACCAAAUAUAAAAACUUGUGAAAGACUGCAGUUGUUGUAAGAGCCUUCAGCCAAAGCCUGAUUCAAUGUAAAGUUCAAUAUACCCAAAGCAGAGACUUUAAUCUGCCCACAGGAGGUAGGAGAUAGCUAAUACUUGGUGAACAGAAUCCAACUAUCUGUCCUGUCUUUAGACUCUUGAUCUUACAUGGUUUAGUGAUUUUUAUGCAGUGAUUCUUGACUACAAUAAACAAUCCUGGGAAAAUAUUGAACAAAGUGGGAUAUUUUGAUAUUAUAAAUGGAAACACACAAGACACCCUAACUAGUUUUUCUGUCCUCAGUAGCUGCUCAAACCAAACAUUGGUUACAAGUUUGUACUCAUUCUCUCUAGUUCACAAAAUAAAUACCAAGCAAAUUCUUAGAGAUAAACAAACUGGGGUUCAGGGAGGAUAAGUUUUUGAAAUUUAAUUUAAAUUUAAUUUACCAUGUAAGUGAAAACUAUCAUUAGAAUACACACCUUAUGAAAUUUUUAGUGAAAUAAGAUUAAAUAACAAGUUGAAGAUGAAUGAGAUAUCAUCACCUAAGAUGUAAUAUGGUGUACCAGCAGAGAAUGAGAAA